UGACAGGCACAAUUUAAUGUUUAUUAUUUUUUGCGUUUAAUUAUUAUACUUGUAUUGGAUAAAUAAAUAAUAAAAAACAAGAUGUUAGCUGAUGUUGAUGUUUUCCUUACCAACUAUACAAUAGUCGAUCCCGAAAUUUACCAGCUUUGGAUUGAAGGAUUUUCUUCCACUGAAGCAGUUUGCUAUCUGAAACAAAAAGGUUUUGGUCAUUUAAUGGGAGUUCACAUAGAUUUAAUAACUUCGGAUGUUCUGGAUCAUUAUCGCACAUAUUCUCUUAUUGAGCGUCUAUUGCAUUCACCUAUCAAACUAAUAGAACAAUCAUGCUUUCAAUUGGAACCCGAAACUCGCGAUCUAAUCAUUGAAAAGUAUUAUUCCAUAGAUGAUGCGGUGGCACGUGAAAUUCUAGGCAAGAAAUUGUCUUCUCGUUAUCGCAAGGAUUUGGAUGAGGUAGCCGAAAAGACUGGAGUCAAACUAAAGUCAUGCAGGAGACAAUUCGAUAAUGUCAAACGAAUAUUCAAGGCCGUGGAAGAACUGCCGGGCAAUAUUACCAAUAAUAUUAAGCAAUUAUUUAACAUACCCGAAGAAUUGGCGAAAAAAUAUGCCUCCAUAGUAUUUUUGGCCUGUUUGAGAUUCGAAACUUCAAAGAAAAAAUUACAAUAUCUAAGUUUUAAUGAUCUAUUUGCUUGUUCCCAAGCGGUAAUGAUAUAUUGGACAUAUACCUAUCAACAUAGUGGACCAGAGUAUUAUGAUACUGAAAUGGAUAAGGAAUUCUUAUUGGAUUUACGAGAGUUGAGAUGUUUGCUGGACAAGGAAAAGGAAAUAAAACAUUUAGUUUGUCUAAGAUUGAAACCGAUUUUAUUAGAAAGAGCUUUUCAUGAAUUGGACACGAAUUUUAGAUCUUAUUGGCGUUCUUUGAUAAGCAUUGCCGUUAAUUUACAUCGCACCCGAGAGUUACGUGAUUUAUAUGUGGAUUUGUGUGAGAAGUUAAUUGAACCUUGGCGUCAAAAUGGUUGGGCACGUGAUCAUGUUAAUAAAUUUUUGGCUGCCAUUACACAAAGUGUUUUAGAUUUGGAAAUAUCUAGAGAUCAAGAGACACGCUGCCUAUGGGAUCGUUAUAUGCAAGUUAUCAGUAUUUGCUUGGAUAAAAUGCAUCAUGCUUAGAGUUAUUUGGUUUUUAGUGAUUUUUUUUUAAUUUUAAUGUUUUUAUGGCUUCCCUACGUUAAAUUUGUUUAUAAUAAAAUUAAAAAUAAUUAUAGAUUAUAAAAAGAGCGCAAUAAUAAUAAAAUUCAAAACGAUAA